CAAGCGUCAACAUGUCGGGUGGAGCGACACGUCGUGAAAAGAAGGAGCCUUUGAAGGUGGAGGAGAGUGAGCCGGAGAGGACGGCCCCAGCGUUUCUCCUGUGGGACAAGCCUCCUCAUCUCAGGACUGUGGAGCUGCAGCGGAGGAGCGCGGCCGAGCUGGAGCCGGAACUGAAGGAGAUCCUGGGCUUGAGGAACCAUCAGACAUGUAUGAGGGAAGCUGCCCUGCUGGAUUAUUUCGUCUGUGGUUUCUGGUGGACUAAAGAGAAGAAGUUCAGCCCCACACAGACCUCCUUCACUACUGCUGUGCUACACAUGCUGAUUGACAACAUAAGAGUGAAACAGAUGGGUCUGCUGGAGAACUUGAUGGAGUUUGCUAAGGCCUUGGCUCCUGCAUGCCAGUGUUGGAUUUCAGGUGGAGACACAACUUCACUUCUGGACAGAAAAGAAGCCAAAGAGUUCAUAAGUUACAUCACAAUAAGUUUGUUUCAGAAGUACCGACUGUAUGAGCUUGUGCUGACCACACCCAGAGAGGAGUUACUGGUGGGCCUGGAGAGGACCAUUGAGGUGUUCAAUUGGCAGGGCACUCUCAACCCAUUGGAGGAAGGCACCUCCUCUCUUCUACCUGAAGUGACAACCUAUGUGUCUCUCCCAUAAAAAUGAACGGGUGUCUCAUAGAUGUAGUGAGGAAAUGUCAAAUACCACCCAGGAAGAUUCAGACCCACCGAGGAAGAGCUUCUCAGGAAGAUUCAGACCCAGCAAUGUUGGACUUCAUUAUUUGAAUGCAGCAAUUUCAAGUCUGUAAAUAAUGUAUGAGCUUAUUUCAAACGUAUAAUUUCUUUAAUAGUUUGGUAUGUUUGGUUAAGCCAACAUGUAUAGGUAUUUCAGUAGGCUGCCGAUGUAGCUUUGCAAUGACGUAACUUUUAACUGCAACUAAAACUCAAGAAAAUAUAAUGAAUGCAAAAAUAUACUGUAUGAACAAACCAACUCAGUCAAUGUAAAUCUGGCGUCAUUUCUGUCUCUGAGCACAAAUUUUAAAUCAGAUUCAACGGGAAAAACUGUACUUCUUGACAUAUUGCCCUGGAGUAUUAAUUGUGAACUAUACGGUGGGUGAAGAGCUGCACUUCAGGUCCUGAGUGCUUUCAGCUUUCCACUCUGCAGGUUUUUUGGGUAACCGUCUUUUUUUAGCCUUGCCACAGAUUGGCCGUAUGCAUCCACUCCAGCCUUUCUCCCAAUGCUUCUGUGGUGAUAAUAAUCAUUACAUGUUUUAUUUAAAACGCUUUUAUCAGGGCAGAAUCUCUACAUGGAAUAAAAGCUCUAACAUGAAAAUCUGGGAGUUCCUGUGAGAAUAGCAAUAAAGUGGCGAUGGACAUUUUGAACUUUAUUCUCAGCGACACCCAAUGCUCGCUGACCAACCAUUAGCCAACAAGAAUAAAAUGUUCUAUUUAGAACAGAGGAGUGCUCAUGACACAUAAAAAGACCAAACAAAAUGUUUAUUGUAAAUGCUCUGUAUUUUAUAAAGUGCUUUUCUAGUGUUGAUGACCACUCUAAGCACUUUCCAGGUUGUUGCCAUUCACACACACAUUCAUUCACAUAGUUUCCUAAUAUAAUGUCAAUAUACUGUGUGCUGGAUUUUCCGUGCAGAGCUUUUUUAUAAACAGUCUAUGAAUCAGAGUGGAGUUACAACACUUUGCGUUUAUUCUAAACAUUUUAUAAUCAAUGUUUUUCAUUGAUUGAAAUUUUUCUUAAUGCACACCAACCAAACAACACCAAAUUUGACAUUGCACUACCCACUAAGAAUACACAUAAAUAAAAUGACUUGCAAGAUGUGUUCCGUAUACAGAUAGAUUGUGAUAUAAGUAGAUAUCCAUUUAAUGCUUCUUCAGAUCAUGUCCAAUUUGUUAGCAGUCGGAGCAAAUUACACGAAACACUGAAACUUGUUUUUUUUUAAAUAAUGCAGCACUAAUGUCUU